GUUCUGGACAGCGCCCUGAGCAGUCUGCUGUCCCUGGCCUCUCUCUCCUCUGUCUCUGCCAAGACUGCCCCUCUGGUCCCCCCUGCUGCUGAGAAAGAAAAUUACAUCGGGAUCCAUGCAGCCGGCAAUGAUGAUGUUUUCCAGUAAAUACUGGGCCAGGAGAGGGUUGUCCCUGGAUUCAGCAGUGCCCGAAGAGCAUCAGCUAGUUGGCAGCUUAACACUAAAUAAAGCUAUUACUGGCAAAAAUGAGGACAAGAAAGGAAGCAAAGAGAGCAGCAGCAGCAACACUACAGAGAGCGGCAGGACAGCAGUUGUGUUCUCCUUGAAGAAUGAAGUUGGUGGGCUGGUGAAAGCACUGCGACUCUUUCAGGAAAAACAUGUCAACAUGGUUCACAUCGAAUCCAGGAGGUCCCGGCGAAGAAGUUCUGAAGUUGAAAUCUUCGUGGACUGCGAAUGUGGCAAGACAGAAUUCAAUGAGCUCAUCCAGUCGCUUAAAUUUCAGACCAGCAUUGUGACACUGAAUCCGCCCGAGAACAUUUGGACAGAGGAAGAAGAACUGGAGGAUGUGCUGUGGUUUCCUCGGAAGAUCUCUGAGUUAGACAGGUGCUCUCACAGAGUUCUCAUGUACGGUACUGAGCUCGAUGCUGACCACCCAGGAUUUAAGGACAAUGUCUAUCGACAGAGGAGGAAGUAUUUUGUGGAUGUGGCCAUGGGUUAUAAAUACGGUCAGCCCAUUCCCAGGGUGGAGUACACAGAAGAAGAAACUAAAACUUGGGGCAUUGUGUUCCGGGAGCUCUCCAAACUCUACCCCACCCAUGCUUGCCGAGAGUACCUGAAGAACUUCCCCCUGCUGACCAAGUACUGUGGUUAUCGGGAAGACAAUGUGCCUCAACUGGAAGAUGUCUCCGCUUUCCUGAAAGAGCGAUCUGGCUUCACAGUGAGACCUGUGGCUGGCUACCUGAGCCCAAGAGACUUCCUGGCUGGCCUGGCCUAUAGAGUGUUCCACUGUACUCAGUAUGUGAGGCAUGGCUCUGAUCCCCUCUACACCCCAGAACCAGAUACAUGCCAUGAACUCUUGGGACACGUUCCACUGCUUGCAGAUCCUAAAUUUGCUCAAUUUUCACAAGAAAUAGGCUUAGCGUCUCUGGGAGCAUCAGAUGAUGAUGUUCAGAAACUAGCCACGUGUUAUUUCUUCACAAUCGAGUUUGGCCUUUGCAAGCAAGAAGGUCAACUGCGGGCGUAUGGAGCGGGGCUCCUUUCCUCAAUUGGAGAACUGAAGCAUGCUCUUUCUGACAAGGCGUGCAUAAAAGUCUUUGACCCAAAGACAACCUGCUUGCAGGAAUGCCUAAUCACCACCUUCCAGGAUGCCUAUUUUGUUUCAGAAAGUUUUGAAGAAGCCAAAGAAAAGAUGAGGGACUUUGCAAAGUCAAUUACCCGUCCCUUCUCAGUAUACUUCAACCCCUACACACAGAGCAUCGAAAUUCUGAAAGACACCAGAAGUAUUGAAAAUGUGGUGCAAGACCUACGCAGUGAUCUGAACACCGUGUGUGAUGCCCUGAAUAAAAUGAACCAAUAUCUGGGGAUUUGAUACCUAGAGCCAGUGUUGUCAGCAUGAGCUUUUGGGGGCUUAGCAACCAUUCAGUCAGUGUUAUCUAACAGCGGAACUUUCUGUGUCAUGGUUGGCUAGUGAGCAUGCCAUUCUGUGUGUCUACACCUCUGUGUAACUUAUGGUGUUAAUAUAAACAAAAAUACUCUUAAGUAAACCCAUGCAGAUAACCAUUCAUCAUUUGAAAGAUUGUGAUAUAGUUAAAAUAUCUCAAAUAGAUUUGACAUUUCUGAUUAGUGAACAACUGCAACUUAAACUGUGUCUUUAAAAUUUGUAGCAGAAAUUCCUGUCAUGAUUCUAGGUGUUGACCUUUUCGUCUUUGGACCUGUGACUUUCCUCUGUGUUCAUUAGAGAAAAUGAAAAUAGUCACAAAGUAGUUAGUGCCUAUUUUCAAUAAUAUCGGUGUUAUUUGACACAAACUAGAGUUGCUCAUCACAGCCACAAAAGAUUUAGUAUUCUACUUGAGGGGUUGUUCAGAAACACAGUGGUUGGCAUGAUUUUGAACUGAGUGUUCAUCCCAUGCAAGAAAAGAAAGCUUCUUACAAACAGGAUGUAUAGGUUCCAGUGACCUUGUAGAAACUGAUGUGUGGCAAGUUUCCUGAAGUAUUUGGAAGGAAACACUUUGAGACCAUUUGGAAAGCUUAAGCAGAAGGGGAAAAACAUCUUGGGACUGUGAACGUAUUGUUGGAAAAAAAUGAAUUAUCAUCUUGGGCAGCUGACUCAUCUCUUUAGACUAAGACUCGUGAAUACCACAGGGAUGUAAGUACCAUCUUCGAUUCCAAAGAUUUGGAAACAAAGGGGUUUGUACAGUUUGGCACAGUGAAGUGUGUAGCAGUCAUAAUCCAUUGAACUUUCAUUUUGGACUUCUGCCAAUUCCACUGUAGCAUACAUUUGUGUUUAUGUGUUGGCACAGAAUGAAUAUUAAUGUUUAUAAAAUUAAUGCUUAUCAAUAAAUGGAAGCUUGCCUCCAA